CAACUGGGUUCCGAACCCCUUUCGCCACCAACCGAGACGCAAAAGCGAUUUAUUCUCCCAUCGCCUGCUCGCCCUGUCGUUAUUUGUGAAUCGCCCAUUGAAAAACACUUCCCACAAGCCUACAAAACUGUCGCAAAAAUGACUCUCGUGUCUGAUGAAUAUGACGAGAGCGCCAAUAUGGACGAGAGCGGGAUGCCCGGUCCUGGUGCGCCCACCCCGCUCACAGCUCUCGAGGGUGUGGGAGGACUCACAAAGCGCGAUAUCCAAUUGAUCAUCGAUGGCGGCUUCAACACCGUCGAGUCGGUGGCGUACACUCCAAGGCGAACGCUCGAACAGAUCAAGGGGAUUUCGGAGCAGAAGGCGGGCAAAAUUCUGGCCGAGGCCUCCAAGCUUGUUCCUAUGGGCUUCACCACGGCCACUGAGAUGCACCAGCGGCGCAGCGAACUCAUCUCGAUCACAACGGGCUCCAAGAACCUCGACACCCUCCUCGCUGGCGGCGUCGAGACCGGCUCUGUGACGGAGCUGUUUGGCGAGUUCCGCACGGGCAAGUCGCAGAUUUGCCACACCCUGGCCGUCACAUGCCAGCUGCCCUUUGACAUGGGCGGCGGCGAGGGGAAGUGUCUGUACAUCGACACCGAGGGCACGUUCCGCCCCGUGCGACUGCUCGCCGUGGCCAACAGGUUCGGCCUGUCGGGCGAGGAGGUGCUGGACAACGUGGCGUACGCGCGCGCCUACAACUCGGACCACCAGCUGCAGCUGCUCAACCAGGCCGCCGCCAUGAUGUGCGAGACCCGCUUCAGCCUGCUCAUCGUCGACUCGGCCACCUCGCUCUACCGCACCGACUUCCUUGGCCGUGGCGAGCUGAGCAGCCGGCAGACGCACCUGGCAAAGUUCAUGCGCACGCUGCAGCGCCUGGCCGACGAGUUCGGCAUCGCCGUCGUCAUCACGAACCAGGUCGUCGCCCAGGUCGACGGCGGGCCCUCGGCCAUGUUCAACCCGGACCCCAAGAAGCCCAUCGGCGGUAACAUCAUCGCCCACGCCAGUACCACCAGAAUCAGCCUGAAGAAGGGACGUGGCGAGACGAGGAUCGCAAAGAUCUACGACAGCCCCUGCCUCCCCGAGAGUGACUGCCUGUUCGCCAUUCAAGAGAAUGGAAUCGGUGACCCGGCACCCAAGGACCUCGACAAGGAUAAGGAUUGAGUCGAGUCUGGUUUGAUGUGCAUGCGCGCAUGAUGGAACGAUGAUAUGCUUUUAUUUUCCCUGGUUGCUUUUGGCAGCGCCCCUGAGCUGUUGCGUUCAAAUGACAAGAUGGAGUUGGUGAGGUGCCACUCCAGGGCUUUCUAUUACACUUUUUUUGCAUUUUUUUGGCCUGGUGUUUGGGAGGGGUAUCUAUAGGAGCAUUUGGAAGUGCCCGUUUGCUUUUGUUUCUUCACUUGCAGUAAUGUUCUGUCUAGGAUUCUCCAUCGCUCUGCUCGCCAGUAUGCAGAUAAUUGGCUAGCUGCAAAAUAUCCAUUAUUGCCGAAUGACAGACAGCCAGGCGAUUCAUCGUAUAACUGCUAGCUUCCGUCGUGGUUUGUGCAUGUAGAACAACAUAGAAUCCACCUGAAAAUGUCAUCUUGUUCAG